GUCGGUGGGCCCUUUCCGGGGGCUGAGGCCUCUUGCACUCCGAGGGGAGAACACUGGACACUUCCCCACGCAACUCCCAUCUCUGGGCCCCGAGUGUGUUCAUGGCGAAGUCCCCGGAGAACUCUGCCCUGGAGGAGAUUCUGGGGCAGUAUCAACGGAGUCUCCGGGAACGUGCCAGUAGAAGCAUUCACCAAUUGAAAUGUGCCCUGAGAGAAGGUGAUGUCACUAUUGGAGAAGACGUAAUGGAUCCUUCUUUUAGUACCAGUGUAGGAAAUGAGGAUGCUGGGAAUGCCUGGCAUGAACUGCAACACAGCCAUGCUGUUAAUCAACUCAAAGCUUUGCUAUGCCAACAAGCAACUAAGGAAAGUGAGGUAUCUCCAAGAAGACGAAAAUUGUCCCCUUUGAAAUCAUCAGAAUAUGAGGAAACUGAUAUGCCUGCCCUACACAAUUUUGUUCCCAUCAUCAGUGACCAGUCUCAAUACAUUCAUCAUUUAGAGGCAGAAGUCAAGUUCUGUAAGGAGGAACUCUCUGGAAUGAAAAAUAGGGUACAAGUAAUUGUGCUUGAAAAUGAAAGGCUCCAACAAGAGCUGAAAUCUCAAAGGCAAGAGGAAACAAUGAGGGAACAAACACUUCUGGAUGCAUCUGGAAAUAUACAGAAUUCUUGGAUUACAACAGGUGAAGAUUCUAGGGUGGAUGAAGCUGCCAAGAGAUCAUUUUCCCAUGGCAAUGCAGAUAUUAUCAAAGCUGCAUCUGCUAGUGAGGCUGAAAAAUGGAAACUAGAACUGGAGAGACUAAAACUUACUUAUGAGGAAAAGAGUAAAAUCCUGGAAUCUCAAUUGAUGUUUUUGAGGAAAGACCUAGUUGAAUAUCAGAAAAAUUGUGAAGAUCUUAAAGAGCGACUAAAGCAUAAAGAGUCUCUUCUUGCUGCUAAUAUUUCUAACCGUGUUGGUGGUCUUUGUUUGAAAUGUGCUCAGCAUGAAGCUGUGCUUUCCCAAACCCAUAAUAAUGUUCACAUGCAGACCAUUGAAAGACUGUCUAAAGAAAGAGAUGACUUAAUGUCUGCACUAGUUUCCGUGAGGAGCAGCUUGACAGAGAUGCAGCAAAGAGAAGUAAGUGCUUAUGAGCAGGUGAAACAAGCUGUGAAAAUGACUGAGGAGGCCAACUUUGAGAAAACCAAGGCUUUAAUCCAGUGCGAACAGUUGAAGAAUGAACUGGAGAAGCAGACAGAGCGAUUUGAGAAAGAACUCGCAUCUCAGCGAGAAAAAAGAGCCUUUGAGAAAGAGAUGAUGAAAAGAGAAAUAACAAAAGAAAGAGAGGACAUGGGCUCAAAGACGUUGACCCUAUCUCAGAGUAUUGCCCAACUGGAGGCUCAGGUGGAAAAGAUUACAAGAGAGAAAAUUUCAGCUGUUAAUCAACUAGAGGAAAUUCAAAACCAGCUUGCUUCCCAGGAAAUGGAUGUCACAAAGGUGUGUGGAGAAAUGCGCUAUCAAUUGAAUAAAACCAAAAUGGAGAAGGAUGAGGCAGAAAAGGAGCACAGAGAGUACAUAACAAAAACUAAAAGGGAUCUUGAAAUUAAAGAUCAGGAAAUAGAGAAAUUGAGUUUAGAACUGAGUGAAAGCAAGCAGCACUUGGAACAGGAGCAGCAGAAGGCAACCCGGGCCAGAGAGGAGUGCCUGAAACUGACAGAACUGCUGGGCAAAUCUGAGCACCAACUGCACCUCACCAGGCUGGAAAAAGAUAGCAUUCAGCAGAGCUUUAGCAACGAUGCAAAGGCCCAAGCCCUUCAGGCCCAGCAAAGAGAGCAGGAGCUGACACAGAAGAUACAGCAAAUGGAGGCCCAGCAUGACAAAACUGAAAAUGAACAGUAUUCAUUGCUGACCUCCCAGAAUUCAUUUCUGACAAAGUUAAAGGAAGAGUGCUGCACAUUAGCCAAGAAACUGGAACAAAUCUCUCAGAAAAGCAGAUCUGAAAUAGCUCAGCUCAGUCAAGAAAAAAGGUAUACAUGUGACAAACUGGAAAAGUUACAGAGAAGAAAUGAUGAAUUGGAGGAACAGUGUGUCCAGCAUGGGAGACUACAUGAGAUAAUGAAGCAAAGGCUAAAGCAACUAGACAAGCACAGCCAGGCCACAGCCCAGCAGCUGGUGCAGCUCCUCAGCAAGCAGAACCAGCUUCUGUUGGAGAGACAGACUGACUGAAGAGGUGGGACGUCUGAGAUCCCAGUUACCCAGCAUGCCACAAUCUGAUUGCUGACCUGGAUGAAACAGUGAAAUAAAUGAUUUACAAAGAGAUAUUUACAUUCAUCUGAUUUAUACGUAAUAUGCCACAAUGCACCGCGACCUUCCCAGUGGACCCCACCUUAGACUGCGGCGGGCUGCGUCAUCACCGCCACAUUCGUUGCCAAGCGGUCCCUGCAGGAUGGAUGGGCUGGAGCUGAAGUCUGACACUAGACGAGGAGACCUCCUGGUGUAUGUUUUCAGAAAAGGCUCGAAGUUAUUAUGUUUUUAUAUCUGCUCAUUUGUAUGCUUUGUUACACAUGUGAAUUUCAAUAAAUGAAUUUUUUGAAGACUUGAAA